AUGCGCAACACCGACAUCUUCGACCGUCGCUAUGAAGGUGUUCAUAUUGGCGCUGCCUGGGUUAGCAUGAUCGAGCCUGAGCCAGGUCAUGAAGGGGAGUUCAAUCGAUGGUAUUCUGACGAUCACUUUUAUGCCGGCGGUAUGUGUCUCGCGGGAAUAUUCGCAGGACGUCGGUGGGUUGCAACUAAAGAGCUACGGGAACUCCGUCAUUCGAGCGAUGAAGAUUUAGCACGAUACGGCUGCUACCUGCACACCAAUUUAUUUGACGAUGACCAGUUGCGUGGUGUCAAUGUGGCAUUGAGCACGACGCUUGAACAUUUGGGUAAAGAAGGACGAAUGUAUGCCACAGAAAUUCCCAGACGGCAUAUCUACACAGCGAUCACACCGUACGAAGGCGUGGUCUACCGGGAUUCGACGGCGGAAGGACCACGCGACAUUCAUGCACUCGACUAUCCAUUUGCCGGUGUCGUUGUAGAAAUAAUAGACGCCCAUCAUCAACACCACAGGGCAGCUUUGCUGCAAUGGUUACGCACCAAAUUCAUCCCCAAAGCUAUUUCCACAAGCUCCGCACUUAUGUGUCUUGUGUUUAGACAUGAACAUCUUCCAGAGAUUAUUAAGUCGCCCAGACUCCCACCCCAGCAUCCUACUGGAAAAUCUCGGGUUGUGCUUUUGUGGUUUCUGGAACGCGACCCACGACCUGUUUGGAACACCGAGUUUGCUGAUCAUCCUGCAACAGUGCAGGAAUCCGGCAUGGGGAAUCUGGUGUUUGCUGGACCUUUCAUCCCAACAAUUCCUGGUAGUAAUCGGUAUGUUGAUGAGCUUAGGUGA